ACAAACAACUCGCUGGAGCUGCUGAAGUUGGAAGGAAGUGACGGGGGGGAGUUUUGGAGAAAAGUUGAAGCUCCGCGGCCGGAGGGGGCGAAAAAAGACAGACGGAAAUGGAACGAAAAACACGAUAAAAAUCUCUAUCAAACCGCAAGACUUCACCGCCGACCCGGAAUCCGGAGAGAAAGUUCUCGCGUUCGGGCCGCUGUGGAGCUGAGAGGGCUGAGGAUGAGUGAAGGGGAGAAAUAAGUGAGGGCUGGUUCGGGGCAGCGGCGCCUGUUGUCUGAACGCGGUGUCUGAGAUUGAGAGUCUGUACUGUCGGCUUUAACUCCUCAGCAGAUUCAGGGGCGAUAGAGGAGAAAUGUCCCACUGCUGUGUUAAAUGAGCUGGGAGCGAAUUUCCUGAGCGGGUCUGUCCUCUUUUUGUAAUGUGCCCGAGGGAGAUUUCAGCAGCCUCGCUCCGAGUUUCCCUCGUCGUUGUGGCUCUGUUGUUGUGGAUGAGCGCCGCUGCUUCAGAGCUGAAGGUUCUGGUGCGCUUAAGCGGUGGUCAGAUCACUCAGGAGGUCUUAGAGGCGGACAGUGAGAGGGACAUCAUCACUCUGGAGUUCAAACAGGCCGAUGGAGCUCUGAUCACAUUCCUGGCCGAUUUCAAGCGGCAUGUGAAGAUUCUGCGGGCGCUUGUUCUUGGUGAGCCAGAGCGGGGCCAGACGCAGUACCAGGCCUUGUGCUUCAUCACCACGCUGGAGCAUGGGGAGAUCAUACCCAGCGAAGCCAUGGUCAGACUGAGACAGAAAAACCCUCAUGUCGUGCGGACAGCAGAGGAGAAUCGUGGUGUGGAGCAGAUGAGUAUGAAUGUGGUGAUGAACCUGACUUUAUCCUGGCAGCUCAGCUCCCACAUACACAACGUGUGCCGAGAUGCCCGAGACUUCGUCUACACACGCAAAGAUGAUGUCAAACACUGGCUGGAAAAGGGCGUGGAAGGCUCCAUAUUUGAGGAGCUGCCCCAGAAACUAGAGAGUCCAGACCUGCAGAGCUGCAGCUCCACUGCUGGCCCAUGGCAACCCUGCAUGUGCAGCUACACCUUGAGACUGGAGUGGUACCCAUGCAUGCUGAAAUACUGUCGUGGUCAUGGGUCCAGCCCCUACAAGUGUGGCAUCAGGAGCUGCAGCAAGGGCUACCGCUUUGACUUCUACACACCACACAAGCAGCUCUGCAUGUGGGAUGAAGACGGCUAAUGCUAACUUUGCUGUAACUAAUAAGCUCCUGUUAGCAUUAUCCAGAUAAGAUCAUGCUAACUGCUCCCGUGUUACCUUUGAUUCAUUGAGUCAUUAGAAACUUUCAGGUGAUAAUAUUUCAGCAGUGAUGGGAAAUAUCAAUAAUUAUGGCAGUUGUGGGAAAAUACUUAUUUGACAGUUGUGAGGUGGCUUUGAAUGCGUCUCAUAGUAGGAUGGCUCUGCAUUAGAUGGAGUCAAGUAUGAACAAAAUGCAGUAUUUUUGUUUUAAAAUAAGCUUGUCUUUUUUGAUUUCUUGAGUAAUGUCAGAAUACCUGGGAUCUAAAACAAAGAUAUGCAAUUGAGGUAUAUUUAGAGUACUUGAGUUCAACAAAUAAUAAUAUGAUUUGUUUAGUAGUUUAAAGCUCUUAAAAUGGUGACUUUCCCUUCUUUUUUUCUAGGGAGAUUUCCAUCACCAUUACCAUAUAGAUGUGUUCAGUGGUUCAUGUGGUCAGGGUUUUGACCGUGACUCGUAUAUCUUUGUGCGUUAACACCUUCUGCCUAAAGGGACAAAGGAUGUUUUGACUCGAGCCAUUAAGCUGGUUCUUUACCUUUUAUUCCCUGUUGUCACUACUGUGUAGCCUCAGGGCAGGAAGUCAUAUGAUCGUGGUGGUCAAAAGUUAAUUUCUCCCCUAGGGCAGAGCUAUUCUCACUUUUAUGUCUUACUCCUUGUUUAGAGUUCUGCAUGAAUUUUAUACCGUAGAAGUUAUGGGCAUGUAUUUUGAAUUAGCAUUUAUUAGUAUCUUUCUAGCUCUGUUAAGGGAAUAAUGUGUAUAGUGGAAUUCUUGU